AUGAUUGAUUUACUACUUGACUUCCAUUCAGCUCCUCUAGCUGAACAGGUAGCAGAUAAACCCAAGAGGUCUGCUCUGAACCAGCUCACCAGGACCCUCCUGCGUAAAUACGACUGUGGAGUGAGACCUGUUCAGAACUGGACCAGACCCACACUAAUCCACAUAGACCUCAUACUGCAGUCGGUCCUUGAUGUGGAUGGAAAGACCCAGCAAGUAACCACAAGCAUUUGGUACCGGCAGAUCUGGACCGAUGAGUUCCUGGUGUGGGACCCCGAGGAGUUUGACGGGAUCACUGAGAUCUCCCUGUCCUCUGAUGCUAUAUGGGUGCCCGAUCUCAUCAUCAGUGAAUUUGUGGAUGUAGGGGAGUCCCCUGCCAUCCCCUAUGUGUAUGUCAACUCGUCCGGGAUGGUGAAGAACAACAAACCCAUCCAGGUGGUGUCUGCAUGUGACCUGGAGCUGUACGCCUUCCCUUUCGAUAAGCAGAACUGCACUCUGACCUUCCGCAGCUGGCUUCACUCAGUGAAUGAGGUGAACCUGACACUGUGGAGGAGUGCGGAGGAGAUCGCAAAUGAUCAGAAGUCAUUUAUGGACGAUGGCGAGUGGGAACUGUUGUCUGUGCCCUCCCGCUACUGGCAUCUCCGCCUGGACGACAGAGACUACGCCCACAUCCAGUUCAACGUGUUGAUCCGCCGGCGCCCCCUGCUGUAUGUGGUGAGUCUGCUCAUCCCCAGCAUCUUCCUCAUGGUGGUGGACGUCAUCAGCUUCUAUCUGCCGCCCAACAGUGGCACCCGUAUCACCUUUAAGACCAGCAUCCUCCUGGGCUACACUGUCUUCAGGGUCAACCUGAUGAACGAGAUGCCUGCCACCGCCAUCAGAACACCACUCAUAGGUAUCCUACACCAGCUCCUUUCCUCAUCUUUGUUUUGUACAGGUGUGUUCUUUGUGGUCUGCAUGGCGCUGCUUGUGCUGAAUUUAUCCAUCUCCAUCUUUGUGGUGAAGCUCCUCCCACAACGAAAAGGAGGUCAAGGAGAUGUCAGUGUCCGCCUGCCUCCUCGACAAGUACGGCUCGUCCAGCCAGACCUUCCUCGAGAGCAACUUCACCUCUGUCAAAACGCUGGCUAUGAGUUUGACCUGGCUCCAGAGGAGGACCUACUGUCCCUGAGCGAGCUCCAGGAGAGUGCUCCACGGCUGGAGAGGCUGCUCCAGGAGGUGGUGGCCCUGCGGCUCUACCUGCAAGAAGGGGAGAGUGACGAUUUGGCCCAGGACGACUGGGUGGCCCUCUGCUGCAAGGUGGACAUCCUUCUUUUCCGAGUUUACCUGUUCAUCCUGGUCGUCUACGCCAGCACUCUGCUGCUACUGUGGGCCAGCUGGAGCUCUGCAUGA